UCUCUGACUCAUUAUCAUAUGCUGUCAGUAAACAUAGUCGAAUAUAUUGAGACCGAGUUAAAAACGAGAGCUGCUGUUCUGCUUUUGCCCAGGAAUGAUGCCUCUUUACUGGGUCAUGAUUAUGGGGAUGCUCCCCGGUCUGGCUGUCCUGGCUGUUCGAGACCGAUGCCCCGUUCAUGACACCCACAGUGCCCAUGAUGUGCUGAUGCGGUCAUUACAGUGUCAUAACGACUAUGAAUCUUACGUCCACUGCAAAUGGAGGGAGGGCCCACACAUACCGGCAUCCCUGCAGCUUUGGUUUCAGACAGACGGUAGCAGGAAGCCAUGUGAGCCGACCAGCCCUGAACUCCGACACGAAGACGGGCACAGAACUGUGGAGUGUAAAUAUGAAACGCGUUCAUUUUCUAUCGGCAUUGAACACACGGUCUUCUUUCACAAGGACGACGUUCUGUGUCCAUCUGCCCCGCACAAGCCUUUGGAGCUUUAUCGUCACCUGCGAGCACGCACACCAGUGGAUCUGGCCGCACAUGACACAGGCGAUGGCCAUGUGUUGCUCAAAUGGUCCAGUCCUUAUCCUGCACAGUCCUCCCUGACCAAAAACCUCUUGUACCAAGUCAGCUACAGGCCAGAGAGACAAGAUGCAUGGACAAUCAGGAAUGAGACAAACACUUACGUCAAACUGGACAUGAGGAUGCCGCGACAAGGUCGCAGGUUUGAGGCCAGGGUGAGAGACGUGGCCGACAUAGGACAGUGGAGUGACUGGAGCCCUGUGGUGACUUGGAGGACUAAAGAAGACAGCAGGCAUUUACCCAGCUUGCAUUGCGUGCUGGAUGGCGAGAAGAAGGUGACGUGCAGCUGGGAGGUGAGCAGAGAGCUGGAUCACUUAAUUAGUUACCAGCUGGCCUGUCAACACGACAACACAACACAGUCUGAGAGAUGCUGCGUGAACCCGACGGUUACCUUUGACCCCAGUCGGCCGCUGGUGCGUUACAGCUGCUCGCUGACUGUCGCCGACUUUUCGCAUCUGCUGCUGCAGCCAACACGCAAUGCCAAGACGUUCAAGGCAAACACACACAUUUGUCCCCGGCCACCACAGCAGGUGAAGGUGAGGGAGAAAGACAACAACUGGCUUGUAGAAUGGACCGAACCGAGCACAGCUUCAAAAGUCCGACUGUAUUAUCAAGUAAAGUAUAACAUCGCACAGAAUCAGGACGCUUCUGUCCUGCUGAACGUCUCAGAGGGUUCCACAUCAGUGACCAUCCCAGGUGUGUCUCUGAGCCCAUCCCAGCACCACCGAGUCCGAGUCAGGUCUUUAGUCGUCCCUGGAGAGGGAUCACAUUACGAAGGAAAUCCCUCGGAUUGGACCGAACCACUUGAUUGGACCUCACAUCCAGCCCCCUGGCCCUUCACCACCGUGGUCUAUUCCUUCAUCAGUCUGUUUGUGGCCAUCGUCUUCUGGGUAUUCUACUACGCUAUUCCACAAUGUCACAGCAAAAUGACGGUCUGGGUGAGCUCAAUUCCUUCUCCUGGCAAAAGCAAAGCUCUGUCGGGAAUCCAGUGUGCCGCCAAUCAAGCCCUGAUAGACAGCACUUGCAUCUGGAAAGUGCAGCACAUGGACAGUGUGUCGACAAGCAGCUCCUCGAGCUCCUUGGUUAGGCCAUCUGAGGAUGCUGGAAAUAAAGAUUUGGAGCAGGACCGACAGGACCGACAGGACCGCAAGUGUAAUAGCCUUCCCCUCCCUGCUGGGGGGGUUAAUAGCUCUGACCUUCUGGUGCACUUCAGCGGCCCAUAUAUCCUCUGUCAGUCCGUAGACUCCAAGUGCAGGUGUGAAGUGACGGAGGAGAAAGACGAAACGCCGCCACACGGUCCUGACUCGCCGUCCUCGGUGUUCUUCACCCAGUAUAGAGAUGGCGAGCGUUGCCAGGAUCUGGCGUCGCACUCAAACACACAGAGGUGUGAGCAGCGCCAUCAGUGCGUUGAUAACACGGAUAAUCCACCCACCAGCAGUGAUCUUCCCCUGGAAUACAGCUCGGGACCCUCCUGGCCCACCAUCAGGGCCUCGGGGUAUUGUUUUGUGCCCUCAUAGUAAGUCUUUGGGUGCAUGCUUCCGAAUCUAAACCCAAAAUAUCAUUUAAUCACCAAGUGUUAUGUGAUGUCUGGCCAGUAGAGGGCAGUAGCUGACUGAGACCUAAAGCCUGAUCCAGUGAAUCAGAAUCAGCAUAUGUGGUUGGAAAAAAAGUCAGUGUUCAAAAACAAGAAAAAAAAAUACAAAAAUUAGGGGGUAUUUUAUUUGAACUAAGCAAAAUGAUCUGCCAAUAGAAAAAGGAAAUUUGGCUUGUCAAGACUUUCCAAAACAAGUAAAAUUAGCUAACCUCAAUGGACCCAAAAAUACCUUAAAGGGUUAAAACCAUUAAAAAUCAGUUCCCAGUGGCUUAUUUUAUUUUUCGAAGUUUUUUUCAAAAUUUUACCCAUCCCUAAAAAAAGCUUCAAAGUGCCUGAUUUUAACCAUCGUUAUAAACACCCGUCCAUUUUCCUGUGACGUCACAUAGUGAUGCCAACACAAACAAACAUGGCGCAUAGAACAGCAAGCUAUAGCGACAUUAGCUCGGAUUCAGACUCGGAUUUCAGCGGCUUAAGCGAUUCAACAGAUUACGCAUGUAUUGAAACGGAUGGUUGUAGUGUGGAGGCAGGUAGCGAAAACGAAAUUGAAGAAGAAACUGAAGCUAUUGAGCCAUAUCGGUUUGAACCGUAUGCAAGCGAAACCGACGAAAACGACACGACGGGAGAAAGCGAGGACGAAUUCGGCGAUCGCCUUCUAACCAACGAUUGGUAUGUGUUUGUUUGGCAUUAAAGGAAACUAACAACUAUGAACUAGGUUUACAGCAUAUGAAAUACA